AUGGGUCGGGUCAGCCGUCCGGGGCCCGUUCGGCAGCAGUCCAGCCUGCCGCAAUACCUGCGACGAAUUGUUAAGUGGCAGCAGAUGGACGCGGAGUACUGCUUCUGGCAAAUGUUGCACCUCUGCCUCACGCCGCGCGUCGUCUACCAACACACCAAGUACCACAAACAGACGAAGAACCAGUGGGCGAGGGACGACCCUGCGUUUAUGGUCAUCUCCGCCAUGCUGCUCGCCAUCUCCGCCAGCUCCUACUGCAUUGCGUACGGGCAUGGCAUCGCGCAGGCGGGUCUGACGGUGUUUUCAGUGGUGGUCUUUGACUUCCUUCUCAUUGGUGCCGCCAUCGCCACUCUCUGCUGGUUUGUGUGCAACCGGUAUCUGAGGGACACUGGGGGCGUGGCGUCACAUGCAGUGGAGCAGAAGGUGGAGUGGCUGUAUGCCUUUGACGUGCAUUGCAACGCCUACUUCCCUCUGUUUGUCCUGCUCUACGUCGUCCAAUACUUCCUCUCGCCGCUCCUCCUUGCUCCCGGCUUCAUCCCUCUCCUGCUCUCCAACACCCUCUACUUGGUCGCCUUCUCCUAUUACCAUUACCUCAACUUCCUGGGUUACGACGUUCUGCCUUUCCUAGACAAGACCACUGUUCUGCUCUACCCCAUGCCCUUGCUGCUGCUUCUCUUCCCUAUAUCCCUUCUGUCUCGCUUCAACCCGACUCAAUUCGCGCUCAGCUACUAUUUCAGCUGA